GUCCCUCCCCCCAUGUGAGACACCACUUUGCCCAAAGCUCUUACAUACUUGCAGAAUAUCAUUCAUAUUGCAGCUGCCUUAGUAUUUGUUAGGAUUUUUCUUUUUCUUUCACUAUUCCCAGUUUAGAACCAAAAAAAAAGAAGAAAAAAAACCAAGUCAACAAUCAUUGUUGGCUUAUUGAGUUUAACCUUUUGAGUUUCUGGGUGCAUUAUAUAAGACGCUCUCUUUUCUUUCUUUGGGGGUGCUUCCACUUUGGUCUUCCCCAAGUCUCCUUCAUUCUCUCUUUCGUUUUAGCAUUCCGAGUUUGAUCGUGGUUUUUGUCUCUGCUGGCUAGUUGGGUUGACAUUUGGUAUAUCAUCAUCAUCAUGGCACAGUUACCCCCAAAGGUUCCAAACAUGACCCCAAGUUGGCCGGACUUCAGCCACCAAAAGAUGUCGUGUUUUGCACCCACCGGCGGCAACAACGGCAAUGCCGCCUCCCAAAACCCUUGUUGGGUCGACGAGUUCCUCGACUUCUCGUCAGCCAGGCGGGGAUCUCACCGGAGAUCCGUCAGCGACUCCAUCACAUUUCUCGAGGCGCCAAUGCAGCACGAAUGCCGCGCCUCUGGAGCACCCCCGGAGCCCAACAACAACAACAACAGUCACCAUGUUCAUGAGUUCGAUAGGUUUGACGAUGAGCAGUUCAUGUCCAUGUUUACCACCGAUGAAAUCGCCGCCGCAGCCGCUGCCGGCCCCACCGGGUCGUGCUCGAACCCUUCGACGCCGUCGGAUCACAACAGCAUUAACGACGACGAUGAACACCAGCAGCAGCAGCAGCUUGAUGAUGGUGACAAGAAGAAGCGCGAGCUGAAGCAUGAAUCUGAAGAGGCGGAGAGCGAAUGCAAAUUGGAGGCACAACAAACCCAGAAUGGGGAUCGCAAUGCAUCAAAAAACACAACCGGCGACAGAAAAAUUGACCCAAAAAGGGUGAAGAGAAUCUUGGCAAACAGACAAUCUGCACAAAGAUCACGGGUGAGGAAGCUGCAAUACAUUUCAGAGCUGGAACGCAGUGUUACCUCUCUACAGGCCGAAGUUUCAGUGCUGUCACCGCGAGUUGCGUUUCUAGAUCACCAACGGUUGCUUCUAAAUGUAGACAACAGUGCUCUCAAACAAAGAAUUGCAGCAUUGGCUCAGGAUAAGAUUUUCAAAGAUGCUCAUCAAGAAGCACUGAAGAGGGAAAUAGAGAGACUGAGGCAAGUGUAUCACCAACAGAAUCUCAAGAAGAUGAACAACAACAACAUUGAACAAUCACCAAACUCGGACACCAUAACUGCUCAACAUCCUGAUGCUGCUGCUGCUGAUCAGAAAGAACAACUUCUCAAUGUUUCUUCCUGAUUUUCUCUCGAGUACGUGGGUAUUUUUAUUUAGUAAGAGUCUCAUAUGGCAAUUAAACCAUCAUUUUCGAUGCUUUUAAUUAGCCAAUGUUAUUAUUUGAGGUGCAUAUAUGCAAAUGCAACCAACAGGUCUAAUAGUUUGGGGAAACUGAAUUCAUUUUGUCAAACACCCAAGUGUGUUUAACAUACAAAUCUGACCCAUUAGUAUUAUUGUGUUGGGUCAUUUUUAUAAGAUGUCUUUGAGCUCGCUAGCUAGGAAGAAGUCACAGUAUUCUGGGUUACUUCUGGUGCUAAAAUGUGGAGUCACGUGAUGUGCUGAGCUUUAGAGCUUAAAGGAAGGGACCACUGAGAUGAUGAAUGAUUGGAAUGCAGCAAAGAACAUGUGCAGCUCUCGGCUUUAAGAAAAGGAAAGGAAAGCAGACUUGACAGUGUUGGGGUUUUGUGAUGGUACUUUCCUAUUGGCAUCAAUUCUAUUUUGUUUCUGGAUCUUCAACUAGGUGUUGCAAGACCAACAAAAAAACCAAGUGGUGAUGUUGGAAGGCAAAGUGUAGUGUUGGGACGAACAAAAGUAAGGGUUGUCUGAGUUCUUACUUGGACAGAUUUGUUGUACAAUUUUCAGUGUAUUUCUUUGUUGUAGUUAACUUGAUUUUAUAUAUUACUAAUUAGAGUUUUAGCUA